AUGGAUGACUUGCAUCCCGGCUACGCGCAUUUCAUUGGCCACCUCUGCACGCUCGCGUCUGCGUGUCUGCCGCCGUUCAUCUGCAUUUCCGACCCAAACAAUCCGCGCAUCACCGCGUCUGUCGUGGAUGCUGUAUUCCGCGACGUCCCACAAGACUCACACUUUCCUCCAAUACGCUAUGCUCGCGUUAACGCAGUCGCCUGCUUUCAUGCACGCGUUUUCUACGAUACCAUCCUCAACGCUCUCGCUGGGUGGGAGCCCUCAUGGGAAAGUGGAUGUCAGACGUGGCCGGGAGAGGACGGCGUGAAAUAUAACGAUAGCAUCGACAGUUUUCUUCACGGUCUCAGAAGACUCUCUGCGGAACAUGGAACCAACUUGCCGAUUAGGAACAAGGGCAAAGGCAAGACAUCUCCCACUGAAGAACCCUCCAUGGUCAUCUUUAUCGAACGUGCCGAAAGAUUGUGUGAGAAUCUACCCGAACUCAUCGUUCCCCUCUCGCGUUUGGCUGAAUUGGCGCGUGUCAGGGUUAAUGUCAUCUUGUUGUCAUCUAUGUGUUGGGAGGAUCUCCGGCCACCACUUGGGGCUGCACCGGACCCCUACUUUCUGGAUGUCGAGCCAUUAACGAAACAAGACAUUAUUCAACGACUUGUAUCUGCAUUCCGGGAAACAUCCGAGGUCCUCGCGUCGUCUGGGGAGCCAAGCAUGACCUACCAUCCAGGCUUGUUAUCGUUCUACGAGCACUACGCGGAAAUGAUAUAUGGGACCGUCUCUCUCUACACGAACGAUCCCAUCGAACUUCAAUACAUCGCUGCAGCACGUUGGCCUGGUUUCGUCAAACCAGUAGUCUGGCAACAAGACGGCGAUCACUCAAACGGGGACCACGAACUUGACAUCCAGCUGCCAAACACGGACGGUCGUUUGCGGUUGUUCAAAUACUUCUCAUCGUCGUUUACUCGUGCAUUGGAGGCGCUCUAUCCGCGUCUGACAAAUGCUGCAGACUGGGCCUCGGAGAACGACUACGAUCCCACGGACGGUCUGCCUGAGGUACAACCUGGAAACGAGAGGCAGAAAGCAAGGACAUCGAAUCCCAGGACAGCAAAUUUGCCUCGGAUAUCCAAGUUCAUUCUCGUUGCAGCGUUCUUGGCAUCGACUAAUCCGGCGAAGAGCGACAUGAGAAUGUUCGGCAGAUGCGCGUCAGAGCGGAAGAAAAGACGACGUAAGAAUACGUCGUCAACAAAGGGAGGUUCAAACAAAAAUUCCGCUGUAGGUCCGACCCACCGUUCCUGGCUUCAGCGGACAUUAACACUACUGGGCCCUUCUGCGUUCCCACUGGACCGGUUACUAGCAAUCCUUGGGUCCCUGCUAGAGGAACAUGACCUUGACUCGUGGCCAUUCGACCAUCGAUUCGUGCUGCCAGGGGAAUACACGGAUAUGGAGAUUGGUCGAAUACAUGUCACGGAGCUCGCGUUCAUGCGGGCCCUGCACCGGAUGAGUCCGAUGGAGAAGUUGGAUGGGCCACCUAUGUUCAAGUGUGGAAUAUCAUACGAGGUAGCAUUGGCGCUUGCCAAAGACACACCCUUAAUGCCCGACGAGUACGAAUACGGGAACGCGCAAGAAUACCCGCUACAGAGGUUGGAUGCAGAGGGAAAGCUCUCGCUCGGCCCCUCAGAUGACGAGGAGAAGGAGUUGCAGCAGCGCAGACGACCGCUGAGCCCAGAUUCACAUCUUACCUCACGCUAUUCAUCCGACUUCGACGACCCCAACCUCGACAUCGACGACCCAGACGAGCUCGAUGACGACUCGCCGUAUCCUGAGGUCCGCGCUGCGGUAGCUAACACUGACGACCCAUCUAUACCCGCCGUGACACUACGAACUUGGGUACUCGGCUUGGCAUGGGCGGUCAUCACGUCCGGCCUGAACCAGUUCAUGUUUUACCGAUACCCUUCCGUCGCUAUCAGCUCUUUCGUUCCACAACUGUUGUCCUUCCCGAUGGGAAAACUAUGGGCCCGAUAUAUGCCACGAAUACGAAUAUUCGGUGUAUCACUAAAUCCUGGUCCCUUCUCCAUGAAGGAACAUGUGCUAAUAACCAUAAUGGCUUCCGUUGGAGCACAGUCAGCUUACGCGACCGACAUCAUUGCUGUACAACGUGUAUACUAUAAUCAAAUCUACAGUUUCAGCUAUCAAUGGUUUCUGGUAGUGUCUACCCAACUGAUAGGGUUCUCUGCCGGCGGUAUCGCUCGUCGAUUUCUCGUGUCGCCGCCCAGCAUGAUAUGGCCGUCGUCUCUCGUCACAUGCGCACUGUUCAACACGCUUCAUUCACAACAAUACGCCGGCGCGGGACAACUCGGCGGCCUAAGUCGAGGGCGUUUCUUCCUGCACGCGUUUCUAGUCGCGUUCGUAUGGUACUUCUUCCCAGGAUACUUGUUCCAAGCACUGUCGUAUUUUUCAUGGGUGACUUGGAUAUGGCCAGAUAAUGCAGUGAUUGCUCAACUGUUCGGCUAUGUGCAUGGUAUGGGAAUGUCUAUUAUUACCUUCGACUGGGCCCAGAUCGCGUACAUUGGGUCACCUCUGGCCACACCAUGGUGGGCAGCAGCAAAUGUUUUGAUGGGUUUUGUUAUCUUCUACUGGAUCGCGACCCCCAUACUAUACUUCACGAACACGUGGGAUUCACUUUACAUGCCAAUACAGUCGCGACUGGUAUAUGAUAACUUGGCACAGCCGUACAAUGUUACCCGAGUAUUGACGAACCAGAUCAUCUUCGACGAGGCAGCUUACGAUGCAUACAGCCCGCUUUUCAUGUCGACCUGUUUUGCCAUGUCCUAUGGCUUAGCCUUUGCAACAAUCACGGCAACAUUGACCCACACAUUCUUGUAUUUUCGGAAACAAAUCAUGAUGCAAGCUCGGCGAUCACUGGCGGAACAACCCGAUAUCCACGCUCGUCUUAUGAGUCUGUACCCGCAAGUUCCGGAUUGGUGGUAUCUUAUCUUGUUCGUGGUGAUGUUUGCCUUGGGAGUUAUCAGCUUCGAGGUGUGGCCGACGCAUUUACCUGUGUGGGCGUUCGUGGUAGCGCUGCUCAUCGCGUUUACCUAUGUCAUACCUUGCGGGAUGAUACAGGCGAUAACGAACCAGCAAGUCGGCCUUAAGUGGGUAGUUCAUUUGAGUUCUUUGCCAGGGCACUUAUCACUCCUCAGUGUUAUUACGGAGCUAAUCGUAGGAUACGCACUACCAGGUCGACCAAUCGCAAUGAUGAUGUUCAAGACGUGGGGAUAUAUCGUAUCGCUGACUUUUGCAUCUGACUUCAAGCUCGGCCACUAUAUGAAAAUUCCUCCGCGUAAAAUGUUCUGGUGUCAGGUAGUAGCUGCUAUGGUCGCUGCAACCACACAAUUAGGCGUUCAAUCAUGGAUGUUUAGCAAUAUACCCGACAUGUGUUCGGUAACCCAAAAGGACGGGUUCACUUGUCCGUACACUCAAGUAUUCGGAACGGCUUCUAUCAUAUGGGGUGUCGUGGGUCCCGCACUUCAGUUUUCCAGCGGACGUCGCUAUCAGUGCGUAAAAAUUGUCGAGACUUUGUUGUUAGUGGUAACGCUGAUUUGCCUUCCCACCCUACUCUAUUUCUUCGUCAUCGGUGCUAUCGCACCCGCUAUACCUUUGCUCUUGAUGAAAAAGUGGCCAAAUAGUUUCCUACGAUACGUUAACCCAGUAUUUUUCAACGGAACGUCCCUUAUACCCCCAGCGACCGCGCUUAAUUUCGUACCUUGGGCGUUGGUCAGCUACAUAUUCCAAAAUGUCAUUCGAAGACAUAAUUUCCCUUGGUGGGCCAAGUACAACUACGUGCUAUCAGCCGCUCUCGAUUCGGGUCUAGCUGUGUCAGUACUGGUGAUAUUUUUCACGUACGUGGUUCCAUCCACCUCCCUCAUCGGAGUGAGUCUGCAGCAAUGGUGGGGGAACACGGUGUUCAGGCACAGCGCCGACGGUCGAGGAAUACCCGUUCGACAGCUCGCUACUGGACAAACAUUUGGUUGA